AUGGCAACAAAAGCUGAGAUUGUAUCUAAGGACACCAUUAAGCCAUUCUCUCCAACCCCUAAUCAUCUUAGAGACUUCAAAAUCUCCCUCCUUGAUCAAUUGGCUCCUUCCUCAAAUUAUGUUCCUGUUGUCCUAUUUUACACUGCCUCUGAUGUUAGUGUUCUCGGGAAUGAUAUCAAAAUGAUAUCUGACAAGUUAAAGUCUUCUUUAUCGAAUGUCCUCACUCUUUAUUACCCAUUUUGUGGAAUAUUGAAAGACAAUUCAACUGUUGAGUGCAAUGAUGAAGGUGUUCUCUACAUCGAGUCUAAAGUCCCCAAAGAACUCUCAAAUAUUCUGAAAAAUCCUCAAGCUCAUGAGAUCAAUGAACUUUUCCCAUUUGAUCUCUACAACCCUGAAGUAGAUCACAAGAAACCUAUACGGAACAUGGCAGUUCAAUUGAAUGAAUUCAGCUGCGGGGGUAUAGGACUUGGUGUGUGCUUCUCACACAAGAUUGCUGAUGCUUCAACAAUGUCAUCGUUCCUCAAUGCAUGGAGUGCAAAAGCAAGGGGAGAUAGCAACAUAGUGGCACCUCAAAUGGAAGCAGCCUUGCUUUUCCCACCCAUGAACAUAGAAAUAGACAUAACACGUGGGGUGGCUGGUCACAAAAACAUUGUAACGAAGAGGUUCAUAUUUAAUGGGAAAAACAUAUCGAAACUAAGGGACAAACUUGGUUGCCUCAAACCCACUCGUGUUGAAGCUGUGACAGCACUCAUAUGGAAAUCAGCUAUUGAAGCAGCAAAAGCAAGCUCAGGGGAAAAGACACGUCAUGCAUGUAUGGUAUCCCAUGCGGUGAACAUUUGCAGUCGAAUGGACUCAUCAUUGUUGAGGCAAAUGUUAGGAAAUCUUUGGGUACUGGCUGUGUCUCCAUUGGUGGAAGUGGAAGAAGUGGUAGGGUUGGAUGAUUUGGCAGAGAUAGUUAGAAAAACGGUAAAAAAAGUUGAUGCAGAUUAUGUAAAAAUGCUUCAGGGUGAUGAGUUGCCUAUGGUUCUUGAAGCUUUUGAGGAAUCAAGGAAAAUGGUCACAGAAAAAGGUAUUCCAUGUUAUAGCUUUAGCAGUUGGACCAGAUUUGAUUUAUAUAAUGUUGAUUUUGGAUGGGGAAAGCCAACUUGGGUGUGUACUAUCGGUUUGCCUAUACAAAAUGUGGUCAUUUUUCUGGCAACAAAAAAUGGGGAUGGAAUAGAGGCAUGGAUCACUUUGACUGAGCAUGAUAUGGUCGAGUUUGAGCGCAAUCCACAACUUCUUGAGUUUGCAUCAUUCGAUUUUUAG